AUGGCGACCUGCAACGCCACCGACGCUCGACAGAAAUUCGGCCUGUUCCUGGGGCACCCAGCAGACGGGCCGUUAUAUUUCGUGGUCCCGAGCUUUGCUAUCAAUGCUACUGGCGUGUCGCCGCGAUGCUUGCGUCAAAACUCUGCGAGCUUCGUCGUGCUGAUGCCCUGCACCGACGACGACCUUGAUCAGCGAUUUGAGAUCCGAAGCUUCACGGCUGGGAGACCGCCACGGAUGCUGCCACCGUCGCCGCCGCCGCCCACGCCCAGCCCGAAUGCCCCCCCACAGCAGUGGUAUCCGUACAGCUUGGUCUUCCGUACCGACUGGUACCCUAUCGGAGGAAGCGUUAACUUGAACGACUAUGACUAUAUGGCGGGUCAUAAUGGUUACGGCGAUUAUUCGUACGGCGUUCCGUUGGACGAUUUGGAUAUUAUGGCUUCCUGGACCUGGAAUGGUGCAACGUACACAAUGGGCCGCUGGGCCCAGAACGCGGAUAAUAUCAGCGCCACGACGGGUGCCGAGUACGGUGGUGACAAUACGAAGUACGGUACGCAGUACGAAAUUGUUUACUUUCCGGCUGGCGUCAGCCCGCCACCGACGGAUUUCUAUGUUUGCGUGGCUUGGACACGCACCCAGACGUCGACGACCCGUGUGGUCUUAACCAUGUACAAAGGCUACGCAGUGGCUUCGACGACCAAGGUAUUUAACACGACGCGUCAAUCGGAUUACUCCUGUACCCCCUCCUCUGCCGGCUAUGUGGGCAGCUUCAACCCAUCUGCGCCUUCGCCACCGCCGCCGCCACCCAGCCCAACAAUCGUACAGCAGUCGUACCCGUAUCCAUUGCUUCUCCGUACAGAUUGGACCAUUAUUUCUGGCGUCCGAGGCCGCUCGUCCAAGCCGUACGAUUUCGACAUCUUGGUUUCGUGGACAGAGGGAAACACCACCUUCAUGGUCGGCAGCGUCGCACUCACUGCCGGCCGAGCAGUGUACGGCGGUGAUAACCUCCGUAAUAACGGUACGAACUAUGAGUACGUCUAUUGGCCUGCGGGCGCCAGCCUACCUGCGACUAACACGCUUCACGUUUGUGUUCGGUGGAACGGAAACCCGAAGCCCCUGGCGCGAGUUAUGCUUUCCGUCUACCACGGCACUCGAUUCACGACGUCCACGACAAUGGUUGACACGACGUUCGACUGGUCCGAAACCUGCGUCCCGGGCGCAAUCGGCUACAUCGACAGCUACUGGCUUGGACAGGCUAGAAGUCUUCUUGACGAUUUGGGCUACUCCAACUGCUAUACACCGCCUGUGCCGUCGUCUGCGACAAGUCUUUACUUCCUGGUGCAGUGGACACCGGCGAACUCCACCUCCCCAGGACCGACUCUGUUUGACUGGGACUUGGUGGUGACGUGGAGCUACGGCGGGGCGGCGUACGAGAUUUCGCCGUACUUGCGCUUCGUCGCAAGUGCCGUACACGGCGGCGACAACAUGAGGGUUUCCGUGCCUGGGAACAGUGAGGCGGUUUACUGGCCCACGGGUCUAACAGGGAUGGAGCCCAGCCCAACGCAGUACGACGUCUGUGUACGAUGGUACACUAGGGGCCGCCUGAACGUUACCCUUACCGUAUUUCUGUAUACCAAUCCCGUACUGCGUGUCACCAAGACUUUGGAAAGUGUUGCGGUCAACAGCAAGACGUGCUCGCAGUACGCUGUGGGGUAUGUGGGCAGCUACAACUACACAGGCGGUAGCGCACCCGCACGGCAGAAGGUGGUUUUUCAGGCGCAGAAGACGUGGCGCAUCUAG